CUAGAAGCUUCUAGCAGCACGUAUCUUGUCCCUGGAACAGUCCCCAAACCCGUCACAGGCCCCUCGUUUCCACCUGCUGCCCAAAAAAAAAAAGGCAACUUCUUUCCCCCCACCAUUUGUAUCCUCAAACCCCUAAACCCUCCUCCUUCCAAAAGCCUCUAUCGCCGUGUCUAUCUGUUUUUCACUUCUCGCUGCGCUCCGAUCCGUCUAAGGCAACCAUUCAUGGCCGCAACCGCCGUAUUAAUCCGCUCGCUGCGACGCCGUGACGUCGCCUCCGCACCUCUCUCCGCCUUCCGAUCCUUCACCAGCAAUGCUAAGCCUCUGUGGGCUCCCUCAAAGUUGGGUCACAAUUGGGCAAGUUUGACCAGAGCAUUCAGUUCUAAGCCUGCUGCGAGUGAUGUUAUUGGCAUUGACUUGGGAACAACCAAUUCAUGUCUUGCAGUUAUGGAGGGAAAGAAUCCCAAAGUUAUUGAGAAUGCCGAGGGGUCUCGAACCACACCAUCUGUGGUUGCCUUCACCCCAAAAGGAGAACUACUCGUGGGUACUCCAGCAAAACGUCAGGCUGUGACUAACCCCACGAAUACCAUCUUUGGAACCAAGCGUUUGAUUGGGAGACGAUUUGAUGAUCCUAUAACGCAGAAAGAAAUGAAUAUGGUCCCAUACAAGAUCGUCAGGGGUCCAAAUGGAGAUGCAUGGGUUGAAGCCAACGGACAACAGUAUUCCCCAAGCCAAAUUGGGGCUUUUGUCCUAGUUAAGAUGAAGGAAACUGCAGAAUCAUAUCUUGGAAAGUCAGUUACAAAGGCAGUGAUCACUGUUCCGGCUUAUUUCAAUGAUGCUCAGAGACAAGCAACAAAGGAUGCUGGCAGAAUUGCAGGACUUGAUGUACAGAGAAUUAUCAAUGAGCCUACUGCUGCUGCUCUUUCCUAUGGAAUGAACAAUAAGGAGGGUCUCAUAGCAGUUUUUGAUCUUGGUGGUGGAACAUUUGAUGUUUCCAUUUUAGAGAUCUCUAAUGGUGUUUUUGAGGUGAAAGCAACAAAUGGAGACACAUUCUUGGGAGGAGAGGAUUUUGACAAUGCGCUGCUGGAGUAUUUGGUGAGUGAGUUUAAAAGAACUGAGGGGAUUGAUCUUUCCAAGGACAAGCUUGCUUUGCAGAGGCUUCGUGAAGCAGCCGAGAAAGCUAAGAUAGAACUCUCAUCUACCACCCAAACUGAGAUCAACCUGCCCUUCAUCACAGCUGAUGCAUCUGGUGCAAAACAUCUGAAUAUCACACUAACCAGAUCGAAAUUUGAAAGUUUGGUGAAUCACUUGAUUGAGAGGACUAGGGCCCCAUGUAAGAACUGUUUGAAGGAUGCUAGCAUAACUUCCAAGGAGGUAGAUGAGGUACUUCUUGUUGGAGGGAUGACACGUGUUCCAAAAGUGCAGGAGGUUGUUGCAGAGAUCUUCCAAAAGACCCCAAGCAAAGGAGUAAAUCCUGAUGAGGCAGUUGCCUUGGGAGCUGCUAUCCAGGGUGGUAUUCUUCGUGGUGAUGUCAAAGAAUUGCUUCUCUUGGAUGUCACUCCUUUGUCACUUGGUAUUGAGACAUUGGGUGGUAUCUUCACCAGGCUGAUCAACAGAAACACAACCAUUCCAACAAAGAAGAGUCAGACUUUUUCCACAGCAGCUGAUAACCAGACUCAAGUUGGCAUCAAGGUAUUGCAAGGUGAGCGUGAAAUGGCCUCUGACAACAAGCUUCUUGGAGAGUUUGAGCUUGUGGGCAUUCCGCCAGCCCCCAGAGGCAUGCCUCAGAUUGAAGUCACCUUUGACAUUGAUGCCAACGGUAUUGUGACUGUUUCUGCUAAGGACAAGACCACCGGGAAGGAACAACAGAUCACCAUCCGUUCAUCUGGAGGGCUUUCGGAAGAUGAAAUUGAAAAGAUGGUUAAGGAAGCUGAGUUGCAUGCUCAGAGGGAUCAAGAAAGAAAAGCUCUGAUUGAUAUCAGAAACAGUGCAGAUACUACCAUCUACAGCAUUGAGAAAAGCUUGGGCGAGUACAAGGAUAAGAUUCCUGCUGAGGUUUCCAAAGAGAUUGAGGAUGCAAUUGCAGAUUUAAGGAAGGCAACGGCUGGGGACAAUGCUGAAGAAAUUAAGUCGAAGAUUGAUGUGGCAAACAAAGCUGUCUCGAAGAUAGGACAGCACAUGCAAGGUGGGUCUGGUGGUGAUGGUUCCUCUGGAGGUUCUCAGGGUGGUGGUGGUGACCAGGCUCCUGAGGCAGACUAUGAAGAGGUGAAGAAGUGAGUGUUGAGAUUGUAACUUGAAGGUAGUUUCGUGGCAGUGUCACAAACUAGGGCGGAUAUCUUAAGGUUCGUGCCCUCUAUAGGGCAUAAAAGUUUCCUGCGGUUUUUGUAUCUAAAUAUGGGAGGUUGAAUGUAUUAGAAAGUCCCUUGCUCCAUUUGAGCACAAAGCACAAAGUCUCUGCUCUCUAAUACGUUGUUGACGAAAUUUUUGCAGCAGUAUUCCUAUUCGCUUACAGAUACGAGUUUUUUGUUCAUGUUUCAGUCCAGAAUUUACAUGCUUUUUGGUUAA